UUUGCUUACAAAGUUUGUCUAAACAUUUUCACAAAUCUUGUUUUUAUUAAAGUUAAGAAAGAAGAAAAGAAACGGCAUAAAUCAUCUUCCUCGUCGUCAUCCAGUGAUUCAGAUAGCUCAAGUGAUUCUCAGUCUUCUGAUUCUUCUGAUUCUGAAAGUGCUUCAGAAGAGAAAUCAAAAAAAAGAAAAAAGAAACAUAGGAAAAAUUCCCGAAAACAUAAGAAGGAAAAGAAGAAGCGAAAGAAAAGCAAGAAAAGUGCAUCUAGUGAAAGUGAGGCUGAAAAUGUUGAAGCACAACCCCAGUCUACUGUACGUCCAGAAGAGAUCCCUCCUAUACCAGAAAAUAGAUUCCUAAUGAGAAAAAGUCCUCCUAAAGCUGAUGAUAAGGAAAGGAAAACCAGAGAGAGAGAAAGAGAAAGAGAGUGUAAUCUACCUAACUCCCAGCCUCCUUCAUACCAGAGACGACUCUUAGUUACUAGGUCUGGCAGGAAAAUUAAAGGAAGAGGACCAAGGCGUUAUCGAACUCCUUCCAGAUCGAGAUCAAGGGAUCGCUUCAGACGUAGUGAGACUCCUCCACAUUGGAGGCAAGAGAUGCAGAGAGCUCAAAGAAUGAGAGUAUCAAGUGGUGAAAGAUGGAUCAAAGGGGAUAAGAGUGAGUUGAAUGAAGUAAAAGAAAAUCAAAGGAGCCCAGUUAGAGUAAAAGAGAGAAAAAUAACUGAUCACAGACAUGCAUCUGAGAGUCCAAACAGAAAACUAGAAAAAGAAAAAAAAGUUAAAGAGCAUAAAUCUAACAGCAAAGAGAGAGACAUCAGAAGAAAUUCAGAAAAGGAUGAUAAAUACAAUAAAAACAAAGUGAAGAAAAGGGCCAAAUCCAAAAGUAGAAGUAAGAGCAAAGAGAAAUCAAAGAGUAAGGAAAGAGAUUCAAAACAUAACAGGCAUGAAGAAAAGAGGAUGAGGUCAAGGAGUAAAGAAAGGGAUCACGAGAAUAUUAAAGAAAAAGAAAAGCAGUCUGAUUCUAAAGGCAAAGAUCAGGAAAGGAGUAGAAGUAAAGAGAAGCCUAAACAGUUAGAGUCAAAAAACAAUGAGCAUGACCAUAGUAAAAGCAAAGAAAAGGAUAGACGGGCACAGUCCAGGAGUAGAGAACGUGAUAUAACUAAAAGUAAACACAGUUACAAUAGUAGAACAAGGGAACGAAGCAGAAGUAGAGACAGGAGCAGGAGAGUGCGGUCUAGAAGCCAUGACAGAGAUCGCAGCAGAAGCAAGGAAUACCAUAGAUACCGAGAACAGGAGUACAGGAGAAGAGGAAGGUCACGAAGCCCAGAGAGAAGAACGCCACCAGGAAGAUCAAGAAGUAAAGAUAGGAGGAGGCGGAGGAGAGAUUCACGGAGCUCAGAGCGAGAAGAAAGUCAAAGCAGAAACAAAGAAAAAUACAGAAACCAAGAAAGUAAGAGUUCUCACAGGAAGGAAAAUUCUGAGAGUGAGAAAAGAAUGUACUCUAAAAAUCGUGAUCAUAAUAGCUCAAAUAAUAGCAGGGAUAAAAAGGCUGAUAGAGAUCAAAGUCCAUUAUCAAAAGUAAAACAAAGCAGUCAGGACAAUGAAUUAAAGUCCUCCACAUUGAAAAAUAAGGAGGAUGAAAAAACCAGGUCCUCAGUGGAAAAAGAAAACCAAAAAUCAAAGGGUCAAGAAAAUGACCAUGUACAUGAUAAAAAUAAAAAAUUUGAUCAUGAAUCAAGCCCUGGAACAGAUGAAGACAAAAGUGGAUGAGUGAGUUGUGUAAACUUAUGUCCUUUCUGUCUCAAAUUUAAGUUUUAGAGACUUGCUGAUGAAUCUCCUCUGUGUUGUUUUCAUGUUUUGGGGUUAUGUUCGU